AUCCUAAACUAUUGAAAUAUUGGAGAAGUAUGGAAGAACAUUUGAGUUCUAGCGUCCCUUCAAUCUCAGUGGCAGAAGAACCUGAAACCUCAUCUAUGCAAAAGAGUAUACACUCUGAACAUUCAGAUGAAUCAGAACAAUUUAUAGAUCUACCGCACUCAGAAGAAGACAGUGAUUAUAUGGUGUCUUCGUUACACUCUGGAUCCGAAAAAUCUUUAAACUUGAGCGGUACACUGAUUAAUGCGGAAGAUUUUAUUUCAUCAGAAGAUGAUAGUAGUGUUAAUUCAAUGCAUAUAGGAGAUACCGCUGAUUCAUACGAAUUUCCAGAAAUAAUAUUAAAUAAUGAUGUUCCUGUCGUACCCGGGCCUGGAGAGAAUCGAGAACAAAUCCUCGCACCUUUAAUUAGUGAUGAAAAUAGUGAACCGGAAGAUGAAAACAGAAUUUUUUCGACACCAAUUCUUGCAACAACCCCAGAAGUUCGACCACCAAGCCCAGCAAUUUCCGAAAUUACUACUCAUUCUAAUGCAUCGGAAACUCGAAAACGGAAAUUAACACCUAAUAUUUCAGAAAUUUUGCUUGGACAAAAUCGUUAUAAUGAUUUUCAAUGGGAAGAUAUCGAUUCACGUGUGCUUAUAAGAAGAUUUAUUCAUCAGGAAAUGUUAGUACCAUUUUUCCAAGGAUUUA